AUGGCCUCUUCGACUGAGUGGGAAGAAUAUCUUUCUCCCGCAACCCAUAAUGAAAGCGAGUCAGAGGAGGAGGAUGAAAGUAGUAAAAGCACCCCCGAAACGGAGGAGACAAGGAAUAGCGAGCAGGAGCAGACCAAGAAGCAGGAGAUCGUGAAGUCGGACCAGGUGAUCGGGCGCAAGCGAAGCGCCAGCGAAAUGGAAGAUGGACCCAGACCAGGUGCAGCCCCCUCUGGAUAUCAGGGAGCAAGUCGCACUCCCGACGUCCAGUAUACUGUCGAAAGCGAGCCUUGCGAGUUUACUGUCAUCUGCCCUGUUACGCCCAAGCGCUGGAGGACUCUAGGGGAAGACGCCGACGUCUCACUCUUCCAGGACUUUCCUCUGCGCCUGUCUCAACUCUCCAUUGACUUUGCGCUGAUCCCGGGGUCGAAAUGGGACCAAUUGACAAGAUUCAAGAAUGCAAGGUUCAAGGAGACUCAUGAAGUCACGUACACGGCUGGCCAGUUUGUCUAUGUCAAUCGGCAUAUGCCGCCGCCACCUGCACCUCCGGAGAAUGCUUCAUCGGCCGAGAAACUAAAAUAUGACAAGGAAAAUCUCUGGGUUGGGGUUGUAUCAGAAUUUAAAGCUCUGGACCGAGAGACGGUCUACGUCCGGCUGUUCUGGCUGUACUGGCCUGAGGAAUUGCCCAUGGGGCGACAACCAUACCAUGGCAGAAAAGAACUAGUGAUGAGCAAUCAAGUCGACAUUAUCGAGGCGCAGGCACUUACGUGGGGUGCCGAAGUCAGCUAUUGGGACGAGAGUGACGACUCCAACAAAACGGAACUUGGAGAGAGAUACUGGCGCCAAACUUACGACAUCAAUAAGGGGAGGACGAACCCUCGUGCGCUCAGCAAGCUUCGCAAGUUUUGCGUUUGCGGAGGCUACGACAAUCCCGAGCGGGACAUGUACCAGUGCCGGGAGGCGGACUGCCUCAUGUGGAACCACGAAGAUUGCUUGAUCACCGUCAUGGAACAGAGGGCGUGGGAGCAGUUCAAAAAGGGGACGCUGACACACGAGACUCCAGUGUCUGGAGAAAACGAAGCCUCGAGGAAAAAUCGAUCGAAGAUGAUCCGCCAGGCAAUCAAGCGGAAAUCGAAGGCCGAGAAGCCAUGGGUAGGCAAACUGGAGGGCAAGAUCUCCCCAGUGAAGAAGCUCGGAGAAGAUGAGUACAUUCAUUCUGCAACCCUCUGGCAGCUGGUGCCUCAGGGGAAGCACAAGACCAAAGGUCCAUUUGAACCCGUGGUAUGGAAGAUGCAGAUGGAUUGUCUGCGAUGCCACAAACCGUUGAAUUGA